CUACCUUAUCCAUAUCUCAACCCCAACCCCAUCCCCAUCCACAAAUUCACCCGCCGUCACUCACCUUCUCCUUCCUUCGUCGAAGCUCCUCCAUCGACCGACAAAAAUCUCCGGUAUUCCGUCCUUUUCUGCCACCGUCCUCUCCUCCGCUGCUGCUUGUUUAAAACGUAAAUCGAAACCCAUUGGGGGAAAGAAAAACAAGAUUAAGAGAGGAAGGCCAAAGUCCCCAAAUUGAUUUGAGUGAGCCAAUGUAACGAAGGAAGCACCACCAUGAAAAACACGAUUUGUGCUUCCCUCAAAUCAAUUUCCUCUCAACCAUGGCUGCUCCAUCUCCCCCAUCCUCCCGAUCUCGAAUUCCCAAAAUGCCGUCACCACCACCAUCGUUCCUUCCGUCGCCGCGUCUGCCCAAUCCCAGCUUCGAUCGCCACCCCGACCUUCCGCUCCUUCAUCAACAAGAUCUCCGACACCGUCCGCAACGGCCUCUCGCAGCGCCGCCCGUGGGCCGAGCUAGCUUAUCGAUCCGCCGAUGCCUCCGCCGCCGCCGUCGAAGGUUUGCAGGAGGCGCUGGGCUAUUCUAUCCUUCUCUACAACAUCUUUGGCGGCCGGAAUGGAGGAAGAGAGGAGGAGAGGAGAGGAGACUGGAGAGGAGAGGAAGAAGGGGAAGAAUCAGGUUAGGGCUCGGGGUGGGGUGUUUUGUCCCGAUUUUUUUUUGUCAAAAUGAUAAAUUAAAAGAAAAUAGAAUAGGUGUAAAUUAAAAAAAAUUGUUUAAACUUGCUGAGUUGGCAGUGACGUGGCGCGUUGACUAACGGUCAACGCGUUUGACCGUCCAAGUCAAAAAUCGAAUCUGGCCAAAUUGUUUAUUUUGGUGUAUAGUUCGGGCCAGGAUGUUAUAGAUCGAAAAUAUUGGCCAGGAUGUUUAUUUUGGUUAAAGUUCAGGCCAUACGAAAAUAUUAGUAAUUGGGCUUUAUUUUUGGGCCCAACUUUGAUGUGGAUCCCCAACCAUUCAUGAGAGGCUUUUUCUUCUGUGGGCUAAUCACUGCAGUGGGCCAUCAGUUUUAUUUUUAUUUUUAUAAUGGACAGUAGGCCAUCAGUUGACAAGCAAAUUAUAGUGUGUGUCGAUCAAAGACCAAAAUGAAUGCGUGAUUUGCAUUUUGCAAGAGAUGGUUCUUAUUGUUGUGUUCGUUUUUGUGGUGUUCUUAAACGAUUAUAUUUAGUAUUGUAACCGAGAAUUUGAAGGGUGGGAGAAGAAGUUCGAAAGACUUAAACUUUGUUCAUCAAAUAGGGAGUCAAAAUUUUAUAAAUUAUUUUGUUUGUUGGUUUGGUAUAUCCUUAAAUCUAGUGGGGGAUUAGAACUCCGAAUGCGGGUAUUGCUAUUUGCUUAUAUUAAGUUUUGAGAACUAAAAAAGAAGUAGGAAUACGAGGCUAUAAUUUUGGAUCGGAACUCCUCAAUUCUAGAACCGCUUUCUCAUUAUGAUCAUUGGCAGGUUUAAGAUAGGAGCUCUCGUCCCUUACGGGUUUAAUGAAAUUUAAAUCAGUUUACGACAUUGAAAUAUCAUAUAACACAUAAAUGUUGAGUUUAGAAUGAGCGACAUAAGCGAACCGUGUCAAACAAUAAAAGAUUUUGUGCGGGUCAACUCGAACCACAAGAGAAGGCAAGAAACUAUCAAGCACGAAUGGAGGAGGCGAGAGAGCGUAGAUAAAGAACAAAACGAGACAACUUUUUGUUUAAACUUGCCGAUGUGUCUAUCAUCUCUUUCUACACAAUGAUUUGCAAGAGAUUAACGACGGUAAUAGGGUGAUUUUAAAGUCUGGUUAGCAUUGGGUCUAAUUAGCACUAAUCACCAUAAGUAACAAUUUGGAGUUCAUAAUAAAUGGAUUUAUUUGUUUACAAGUUCAUGUUACAGCCAUUAAUCAUAAAACAAAAAUAUAACUAUCAUCACCGCCGCAUCGUACAGAUUCAUGUUCACACGCCAAAAUUGGAUCCGAUUUGAAUCUCAUGGGGAAUCUUCUUCUUCUAUAUCAAAGCUUUUAUUUCACAACUACAAAUCCCGAUUCCUAAAACUACACAAAUCGAGAUUCAAUUAUAACGCAGCAGUAGUAUGAAUUAGUUUGGUGGAUGUGCCCUAGAAUUCCAGAUCAAAAGUUAAUAUAGGAUCCAUGUAUGGAUAAGAUUAUUUACGGGUCGUUUGGAUGCAGUAUUUUGAUGAGGUAAUUUGGUCGAAAUAACUCAGAAUGAGGUGUUUCAAUCAAAAUAACUCGUUUGGGAAAAAUAAAGUAGAAUGUGGUAUUUUGUCCAUGAGUCAAUUGAAAUAACUCAUUGUGAGUUAUUUGAAAUACCUACCCACCCAGUGGCGGACCCAGGAUUUUGGGAUAGGUGUGUCGACCAAUAAAAGAGAAUUAAAAAUUAAUUAAUUAACGUUAAUAAAUUAAUUAAUUUAAAAUAAACAAAAAAAUUAUUCAAAAAUUUCACCAAUUUCAUUAUUUAUUACAGUGAACCACGACGUUUUUUCAUAUUCUUAAAGGUUUCUUAAUUGCAUUGUCCAUUAGGUUGCAAAUCAAAUAUUUUUUAUGUACAAAAUGAAACAAUUAUUCAUAAAUUGGUCACUCAACUUAUACCAAAGAUUGUUCUUGAUUCAAAUCAUAUAUGGAAAAUGUCAUUUUGUAGCUUUCAGUUGCAAGAGGUAAAGUCAAUACUAAUUUAAGAUGAGAAAUUUGGUAUGAGAAGUUCGAAGGAAGGUGGCCACAUGUGUCAACGUGGAAAUUUGAAUGAGCAUGAGGACGUCGUUGGCUCGAUGCUGAUAAUUGAAGGGUGGCUACAGGCGUCAACGUGGAAAGAAAUAACUAAACUACAAAGCAAGUUGAAAAUUAACUUAAAGAAAAAUCUAUCGAAGAAGCUAUGGAGAAAGACAGCCUGUAAUUCACUAUCUAAUUAUUUGACUCACCCAGCUUAUUAAUCAAAUUUAAGUCUCAUUCAAAUUAUCGAUGUUGUCUCUAAGGUGAUAGCUAUCUUUCUAAAUACUCAUUAUGUACUAAGUAGUCAAUUAAUUGUUUACUCUUGUGCAACCAACUAAUUAACUACCUAAUCUGAAAUCUGAUAACUACUAUAUUUACAUAUUUUAAUAAUAUUAUGACAAUAAUUUUUUUUGUAAUGUAAUAAGGUCUGUCGAUUACAAUUAUUGAAGUGUGUCAAAGGUCCCAUAUUCGUAUUUUUUUACAUCUAAAAUUUGUGGGUUCUUCACAAAGAUUUCAAACCAAGGUGUGUCAGGUGACACACUUGGGUCAAAGGUGAGUCCGCCCCUGUACCCACCCCCUAGUUAUUUCAAAUACCUCAUCUCACAACUUCUUUUUCCACUUCAUCCAUUCUUUAAGUGUUGAAAUACCACAAUAUUUGAAUGUUUUAUCCAAACAAGACAAUUACACCAAUUACCACAUUUUAAAAUAAAAUACCACAUGAAAUGCCACAUAGCAAAAUAAUGCAUCAUUUGGAUUCGAAAUACCAUAGAACCAAAAUGAUGCAUCCAAACGACCCGUUAGCUGAUUUUUCUGAUAGACAACGAUGAUGGAGUGAUAUAUGCGAAUUUCGAACACUGUCUACUCGUCAAGUCAGUAGUAGUGUUGUAACUCUACUUAUGGUUUGCAUCGUAGAAACUUAAAUUCGUGUAACAAAAUGGCUACUACAAUCACGUGAUCUUGUAGUUUUUAUUGAUAUGUGAGAUAAUCACGACAAUAAUUCACAUGUAACAAAAAAACACUGGGAUCGCACAUGCUAUUAGAGAUAUCAAUUCAAAUUCAAUUCAUACAUCUAACAAACACAAUUCACUCAUCCAUUUCGAUCCACCCCCAUAAAUCCAUCCGUCCAUCAAUCAAAAUGUAGAGUGAAUGCAAUUAAAAGGAUAUUUAGAUUAGAUGGGCUAUUAAGUAGUAAUUAUUAGCAGCCCCACCAAUGCCGGCCACCGUUAAUUAACAAGUGAUGAUCGUGUUUUUUGGGUAUUCGCUAAUCGUAAUUAAUUACUGUACAUACG